AUGGCGGCAGGCGAAGAUGUUUACUGCACACUGUGCAUGUCAGACAGCUAUCUGCCCGGAGCUGCCGUACUGGCCAAGUCGUUACGAGACAGCGGCACCACGAAGAAGUUGGCAGUCCUUAUAGACCAGGACCGCUUGCGGCAGAGUACUGUGCUGGAGCUGCAGUCUUUGUACAACUACACCAUCUCCGUCGAACGCAUCGGCACGCCCAACCCCGCCAACCUCUACCUCAUGAACCGCCCCGACCUCCUCUAUACCUUCUCGAAGCUCAACCUCUUCCGCCUCACCCAGUUCCGCAAAAUCGUCUACCUAGACGCCGACGUCGUUGCCCUCCGCGCACCCGACGAGCUCUUCGCCCUAGAAGACUCGUUUGCUGCCGCACCAGAUGUGGGAUGGCCCGACGCCUUCAAUACUGGUGUGAUGGUGAUCGCACCGCACGAAGGAGAUUAUCACGCCUUAAGAACACUAGCAUCCGCGGGCGACAGCUUCGACGGCGCAGAUCAAGGCUUGCUGAACCAGUACUUCGAACACAAGCCAUGGAAGCGGCUAAGCUUCGCGUACAACUGCACGCCGAGUGCAAACUACCAGUACGAGCCGGCCUAUCGAUACUACAAGCAGAACAUCAGCAUGGUGCACUUCAUCGGUAGUGAUAAGCCGUGGCAGCAGAGCAGGAGUGUGAGAGGCGCAUCGACUGCGUAUCAAGAGCUGCUGAGUAGAUGGUGGGCAGUGUAUGAUCGACACUUUACUGUUUCGACGCAUGGGUAUAUUGCCGGACAACGAGGGAGCAGGGCGGUGCAGAAUGAGGUGGGGAGGUAUCAGCAGCCGGUUGAGGGGAGCUAUGCUGCGACUGGAUAUCCGAUGGAGAGCAAAAUGGCAAAUUCGGCCUCACCGCCUGAGGCGCAGGCCACGACGACGGAGAUGCCGUUCACGGAGCCUGGUGAGGACGCGGAGAACAUCGCUCAAGGCCGCAUUGAACCGCCGCAGACUGCAGAUAUGAGGAGGUUCUCGGCGCCGCACAUGGAGUGGGAUGCUACCAGAGCUGCGCCACCACCAGAGUCAAGACCAGAAGCUGCCAACUUCCCUACGACCACGUACGAGUUUAACAUGGACGCCAAGCCCUUCGUCCCGCCUACAAAGUACCCUGAGCCUCCGAAAGACCUGUGGUACGAGGUACCCAUCGCAAAAGAAGAGAAACUCGCUCCCCUCUUCCCAUGGGAAGAGCGCGAUGUUCCUACACCCACCCGCCGCUUCGCCGACGAUGAGCCUUCCCCCAAGCCCUCUCCACCCUCCGAAGAGGAAUCCUUCCCAGGCGCCGACGAGUUCUCCGUCCAAAGCGAUGCUGACCGCUCCGUCGAACCGAAGACGCCUACUAUCCUCGUCAACGACCACCAGUCACCCUGGUCCACCUUCGGCAAUUCCAGCACUAAGAAUGCAUGGGAUGACGUCACGGGCAUUGACGACUACGUGCGCCAGUUGACCGCUUUCCAGAAGAACCGCGGGAAAGUGCAAGUUUUGCAGCAAAACUCGCGCAGCCCGAUCUCCUCGCCUCCCGAACAGACGCAGCAGCAGCAGCGGAACCAGAUGCCAGGACAGAUGCAUGUCCUGAGCCCGGCCAACGAACCGAACGCCGACGACCUGAUCGCCGCAGUCGCGAAGCGAAGGGAAAGCCUCAUCCUCACUGACUUCCCCACCGCGAGCGAGCGGCCGAGUCUUCCUGUCACGCCCGCUCCACGAAGAAGAAACGUGCUUUGGGGUCAAGAGAGGGGAGAAGAAGGCUUGGUCGAGGCGGAGGGCGUUCCGCAGCAGGGGGAUUGGGAUCCUAACGUCCAGUUAGAGGAGUUGAGGCGGAAUAGCUUGUUGGAGUUGAAGAUACCGGUGGGAAGGAAGAAGGUGCCGGAUCGGGAGAUGGUGGGUAGUUCGCUGAAGGUUGUAACAGAGGGGGUUAGUGGGGGGAGUAGUCCGCCUGGGCCUGUUGGCGGUGGUAAGCAGCCGCUGACUGGUAUUUUGAAGAAGCCGACGUUUGUUGAGCCGGACUUUGGUGGGAAGAGGAAUGGACAGGGAGGGGAGGAGGUUGUCGCGCCUACUGAGGAGGCUUCUUGA